AUGGUGACAAGAAAGAGGGAUGCCACAAUCGAUGUGGCAAGUAUGCUCAAGGACGUGGAGAUGAAGGUGCCGGCCUUGACGGCGUUAAAGAUGCCCCCGAUCAGCAAAUUUAUUAAAGACAACCUGGCAGGGAAGCCGAGUGAUCUUCCUUCAAAGAAGACCGACCCAGGGAUGUUCACUCUCCCGAUUUCAAUCGGAGAUAUUCAAGUAGAGCACGCGAUGUGCGAUCUCGGGGCAUCCAUCAAUGUGCUGCCAUAUACUAUCUAUGAGAAGCUGGGAGCGGCCAAGCUCAUUGACACUGACAUAAUGAUCCAGUUGGCCGACAGAUCGUGUAUUCACCCUGAAGGAAUUCUUGAAGACGUUAUUGUGAAGGUGAAUAACUUUCUAUACCCAGCCGAUUUUUUCAUAAUCAAGAUGACGGAGCCAGCAGCAAGGGAGUCGAGUGGAGUCCCACUGGGACGGCCGUUCCUGUCUACGGUCAGCAUCAUUAUAGACGUCCGUAAUGGGAAGAUAAGCUUGGACUUCAAUGGAGAACAAAUCACGUUCAAUAUCAAUGAAGCCAUGAAGAGGCUAGCCGACAACGAGAACAUAUACUCAGUAGAUGUGAUGGAACCCUUAGUACAUGAAUUUUUGGAGGAAGAAUUCCUAAAGAGGUAG